UAUGUGCGAAUUUUUUUUACAUAACAUAACCUAACCUCGAAAAUUUUGACAUUUGUUCUACUGCAAAAAGAGCAGAAAAUUUUAUUUCAGGCACUAUAAGCGAAAGAAACUAACAACAAUGGCCGGUGAAGCUGAAAAAUUAACUGGUUUGUCCAAAAUCUUCAAUGGUUCCACCACUGCUGGACGUGCUAAUGUCGGCAAGGCCACUUACGCCGUUAUUGGCUUGAUCAUCGCCUACAACAUGAUGAAGCCCAAGAAGAAGUAAACUAUUUGUUUGUUGUUUCCAAGCUCUAAUGUAAACACAAGAACGUUGUUAACAAUCACACACACAGGCAAAUGCUUUCGAGGCAGCCGGUUCGUUUUGUUUCUUAAGAUUUGCUUGUUUCUGAACGUUUCUUCGUUUUAAUUUAUUAAGUUUACAAAAUAGUUUCUUUUUUUUAUAUAAAAUAGUUGUGUGAUUUUACUGAUUUUCUCUGUCUAUUGUAAGUCGAACUACUUGUUGGGAGUGAUUGAUGAAAAGAAAAUAAAAAAAGUAGUUUUAAACUAAAA